GAGCAGGACAAGCCCGUCGAGCCAAAGACAGAGCAGAAGCCCGCGACUCUGGGCGAGGACGACGAGUUUGAGGACUUUCCCGUUGAUGACUGGCCGGAGGACCAGACCGAGGCGGCCAAGAACAACGGCGAGACAAAGCACCUGUGGGAGGAGAGCUGGGACGAUGACGACACGAGCGACGACUUUUCAACACAGCUCAAGUGGGUG